AUGAGUGGGGACGGGGGCAUGGUCGUGCGCAUGCGUGCACAGACAGAGCACCCAUUCCCCGAGAUAUCAGCAUCCAGUAUCACUUGUCCAGUGGCACUGCAGUGGAGACAGUCCCUGAGCCGGGGCUGGGCCCAGACCCUAAGAGUUCUGGGAGGAUCGCCAGUGUGGCACAGAUCGCCUGCCAGAGGGCAGCAAGAUGGCCACCCUGCCCAGCACCAAGAGCUAGAUGAGUCUCAGGAAUCACUAGCGGGACAUGAAAAAGGUUAUCAAGAAGCCGGCCCCGAAAGUCUCACCGCCACCGCCACCACCACUGCCCCUCGAGGUCCCAGAGCUCUGAAUCCCGUUCCUCAAGCUGUGACAGCAGACCAGCAGCCAGAUCUAGAUCUGACAAGCCUGCAGAAGAGCCUGGUGGUCCUUCAGCCACCUGUCUGCCAAGCUCCCCAUCCAAAGACCCUCAGGUCUCUCUCCCCUACACGCAGGCACCGCAGCCGGUCCCCCGAGGAAGGGCGGAAGUCCCACCGAAGGCACUCUCGUCGCUGCUCCAAGACCCUCUACAAGGCUAGCCCCGAGGCCCGGUCCAGCCCCCCGCCCAGCCAGCCCCUCCAGAUGCUCAGCUUCCUGUCGGCCAGGGGUGUAAUCACUGGGUCGGGGUCCGCUGCUGACCUCUUUACCAAAACAGCCAGCCCGCUCACCACCUCCAGAGGACGCUCCCAGGAGUAUGACUCAGGCAAUGACACCUCCUCACCACCCUCCACGCAGAUCAGCUCAGCCAGGUCACGGGGUCUGGAGAAGGGGAGCCCCACUGGGGGCCUGAGCAAGAGCCGGGACCCACACAGCGGCCACACCUCUGAUUCAGGGAACUCCUUCACCACCUCCUCACCCCAGAACAAAGGGGCCACUUCGGAGAAUCUCUCCCCAACCAGCAGGGGCAGAGAGUCAAGAGGAUUCCAGUCACCAUGCCCGGAAUGCACCGAGGUGAAGAAAUCCGCUUUGGUCCCAUCCAUGGCCCGGAGCUCCCCCAUGAGAGAGUGUUCCCGCAGUUCCUCCUAUGCCAGCACCCAUUCCUCCAGCCACUCCUCCCGAUCCCCAAACCCCAGGGCCUCUCCCAGGUACACCAGGAGCCGAUCCACCUCCUCUGGGAAAAGGUCCUACUCUCGCUCUCCCAGCUAUUCCUCCAAGUCUGGCAAGAGGAGCCCGCCUAGCAGAAGCUCGAGAUCCCGCCGAAGCCCAAGUUACUCCCGCUAUAGUCCCAGCAGGGAGCGGGACCCCAAGUACAGUGAGAAGGACUCGCAGCAGCGGGAGCGCGAGCGUGCGCGUCGGAGACGGCGGUCCUACUCGCCCAUGCGGAAGCGCAGGAGAGACUCCCCUAGCCACCUGGAGGCUCGGAGGAUAACCAGUGCCCGGAAACGCCCCAUCCCCUACUACCGGCCCAGCCCCUCUUCCUCCAGCGGCCUCAGCAGCACCUCCUCCUGGUACAGUAGCAGCAGCAGCCGUUCAGUCAGCAGGAGCUACUCCCGGAGCCGAAGCCGGAGCCGCAGCCGAAGCCGGAGCCACAGCCGGAGCCGGAGCCACAGCCGGAGCAGGACCCGCACUAGCAGCAGCUGCAGCUCCCGCAGCCCCAGCCUGGGCUCCCGGAGCCGAAGUCGGAGCCGGAGCCGGAGUGGGAGCUACAGCUCAGCAGACAGCUACUCCAGCACGAGGCGCUAAGCAAGGGCCCUCCCUUGAGCCAACUGCCUGCAGGGGGUGCCCCUUUCACUCUGCCAGCCUCCCCAACUCCCUGCCCGCCCUGCCUUCUCCUUGGUGAUAGACAUUGAGGGCUCCUGGGCCCUGUCCUUCCUGCUCUCCUGGGGAGGAGGAAACGAGGGUAUGGGGGCUUCAGCCUGUAUGUCGGGCUGCUAGGAGCCUCCACCACACCACCCCAUGGGCUCCACUCAGGCCUGAGCAAAUGGUGAGAACCACCUUCUGUGGGCACAGAAAAACCUCAAAGGUUUGCAAGAAGCCGUGGGUCCAUGACUCAAAAGUUUGGAUCUGGCCGGGAAAGCAUACAGAGAGUUCUGCUCCCCACUGCUCGCAGGAUGCGUCCUGAGGGCAAGCUGUAAUUCAUCACACCUGCCCUCCUUCUCCCCACAUUCAGUCUCAUGGCUGCACGGGUAUGGACCCCGCUGGGCAUGGGGGGUGGGUAUUAGGAGAGACCAAGGGCCGUUCAGGCCAGAGCAAAAGCUAGAAGGCUCUUGGGUCCUGGAAGGGGAUGGUCUGAGUAGGGGCCACGAACAUUUCUUUCACUUGGUAGUAGGUGUUAGAGAUAGGACACAGGCUCUCUGGUCAUGAGGGUAGAAGCCAAAAGGGGGUGAGG